CCCCAAAUCCAAUUCCUCAUCGUCUCUCACUAUACCAUUCGCUGAAUCGCUGCCUGAAACCUUAAAAGCCUUGAACAUUCUCACGAUCUCCUCCCAAUCCUUCAAACCCCACAAAGAGAACAACGUUUUAAGCAAAGGCUCCACCUUCCUCAUCAAACCCAGGUUUUCUUCUUCUCAUAACGGAAUCUGUCUUUUUCUCUUUCUUCUUACCGAUUUUUUUAUAUAUAUAUAUAUACGUGUGUGUGUUUGGGCAUAUCAUUUCAUUUAUGUAUAUCUUCAUCACUCCGGAGCUGGCACACGUCAGUGGGGUCAUUCUUCUUCAGCUGAUACAGCAAUUCAAUCCUAUCCCUUUGGUGGAUGAUCCGUCUUUCUGCCCUGCCCGCUGGUCACCAUAUUCGCCUUUGUUUAUGUCCUGCAGCUAUUGAUGAACCAAUCCAAGAAAGAAUCUGAUACCCCUCAGGGCCGGCCCGACCCAAGGCGACCAUGGAUAACGGGCCACCAGAAUUUUUAUUUUUUUUUUAUUUUUAUUUUAGGGCAAAUCAUUUCAGCAUCCCCAAUCGCCUCCAUCUCUAUUCUCGUUCUCAACUCUGAACUUGCCCUCUCUCUCUCUCUGCAACUGCAAAUUACAAAAUCUACAAGAAUCAGAAUUUCAAAACCCAUAUACUUCAGUUUAUCUAUCUGUCUGCAAGAAUCAAAAGUUCAAAACCUAUUACCUAUAUCAAAACCCAUAUCGGCAUAUCAUUUCAGAUUGUUCAAAAAUUCAAAACCCAUAUCCUUCAGUUUCCAUCGCCCGCUGUUCCAGUUCUGCCCCCUCCUCAACUGCUAACUUGUAUGUAUGGGUUUUGUUUUAAUUUUUUUUUUCUAAAUCAAUUAAUCAAGGUCUGUAAUUCUUGUUUUGCAAACUAAAUCCUAUUUGGUGAAAUUUUUAUGAUCUUUUUUAUAUAAUUUUUUAUUUUAUUUUAUGAAUUUUAGUUAUAAAUAUUUGUGAAGAUAAUGACUGAAACUGGAUCUCCCUUUGGAGGAUUUGAAAUACUAAUUGGUAAAUUUGGGUUGAACUCGAGUCUUGAACAAGCUGAAGGCCCUUAUCGUGGAUCAUAAUUUUUACAAUUACAGCAUCCUACCAUCUUUUAGAGUGCUUUCAUCACUUCAGACUGACUUCUGUGCUUUGAGCAACUUGGAGGAGCUUGAUUUGAGUGUUAGUGUGAAGGGGCUGAUUACAGUAAAAGUGUAGGCAAGUUAGUCUUUGGCUGAAACUGCAGGUUUCUUGCAAUGGAGAAAGGAAAUUGCUGUUUCUUCUCCACUUUGAGGACAAAUGUCUCCACUAUUCUCCUUACUAUCACUCUCAGCUUAAUUGUCAUCCGUGUGCUCUAUGUUAUAUAUCGGAGCAGUAAGCCGCUUCACACUUCAUCUCCACAACCUCUCAGUACCCUCAUUAUUCUGGGUUCAGGGGGUCACACAGCAGAGAUGAUAAAUCUCUUAAACAUGCUGCAAAAAGACAUGUUUACACCAAGAUUUUACAUUGCUGCUGCCACGGAUAAUAUGAGUCUUCAGAAGGCACGCCAGUUGGAGAACUCUUUGGUUGAUAAGACAGGAGCUGAGGUGGCAAAGAGUGCUCAGUUUAUGCAGAUAUAUCGAAGCCGAGAAGUAGGUCAAUCAUAUUUAACCUCUGUUGGGACAACAUUAAUUGCUAUAGCUCAUGCCCUUUGGCUAAUGAUUAAAAUCAGACCCCAAGUGAUUCUAUGCAAUGGACCUGGAACUUGUAUACCUCUCUGCGCAAUUGCAUUCUGUUUUAAGGUUGUGGGGAUUAGAUGGUCAUCUACCUUUUAUGUUGAGAGUAUAGCAAGAGUGAGGAGGCUAUCGUUAAGUGGCUUGCUCCUUUAUAAGUUAGGCAUGGCUGAUCAAUUCUUCGUGCAAUGGCCACAAUUACAGAGGAAAUAUCCUCGAGCUCAUUACGUUGGCUGUCUUAUGUAGUUGAUUCAUGGCGAGUACUUCCACUUCUCAAGUUUUUGCUACCUAAUCUGCAUAUUAGAAGUCCGCACCGUGUUCGUUCUCUAGAGAGUGGCUGUGUCAAAUAGGUCACACACGAGGAAGGGAAGAAUCAAUUAAAUGCUGAAAAUUUGUUGACGCAUAUGAACAAAUGAUAACUCGAAAUUUGUGAUAAAAUUACGAUUGUUUUGACCAAGGACUUGUACUAGGGUUUGGUUUACUGACCUGUUCAAUUCAUAAACACUAUAGAUCACAUUGGCCUGUGGAGUUCUUGACCUAUUACUGUUGCUAUUUUUGUUACUCAGGAACAAAAUGUGGUGUGCAAUGGAAUAGAAAUGAUGCAGGGAUAAUAUGAUCGUUCUUAUUCUAA